AUGGCCCUGAGUGAUGUUGAUGUGCAGAAGCAGAUUAAGCACAUGAUGGCUUUCAUUGAGCAGGAAGCCAAUGAGAAGGCGGAAGAAAUAGAUGCCAAAGCUGAGGAAGAAUUCAACAUUGAGAAAGGACGUCUUGUGCAGACCCAAAGACUAAAGAUUAUGGAGUAUUACGAGAAGAAGGAGAAGCAGAUAGAACAGCAGAAGAAAAUCCAGAUGUCCACAGUGAGAAAUCAGGCAAGGCUGAAAGUCCUGAAAACCCGUGACGACCUCAUCUCGGACUUGCUGACUGAAGCCAAGCAGAGACUGAGCAGGAUUACUGCGGAUGCAGACAUCUACCAGGAGCUGUUGCACAAACUUGUGCUCCAGAGUCUGUUCCGACUGCUGGAGCCCCAGGUGCUAGUGCGCUGCAGGCCACAGGACGUCCUUCUGCUAGAGACUGCCGUGCAAAGAGCCAUACCUGAUUACGUGAUGGUUUCCCAAAAAGGUGUGGAGGUCCACGUUGAUCAAGAGGUGUACCUGCCUGCAAACUCAGCUGGUGGCUUGGAGGCCUACAGUGGCAAUCAGAAAAUCAAGGUUUCCAACACCCUGGACAGUCGACUUGAUCUCUUGGCCCAGCAAAUGAUGCCGGAAAUACGAAGGGCCUUGUUUGGGGCUAAUGCCAACAGGAAGUUUUUUAUGUAA